UGGACUACUAUAUCCUUCAUCCAACUCUGGAAUGAGUUCAGUGAAGGCAGGAAAGGGAGGGAGGGAUAGAGAGUGAAGAGGGAAAGAGGAAGAGAGAGGGUGAGGAACAAGGAAAAGGAGUGGGAGAGAGAGCGAUCGAGUCACAAGAGACACAGAGACAAACGGGAAUAUACACAGAGAUAGGGAGAAAGUAGGAGUGGGAGACAAAUUUGAGCAACUCUUGGACCUUCUUUCGGUUUGAAAACUCGAGCGAACGUGUGUUCUUUAGUUUAGUUUCGUUUUUUUUUUUUGGGGGGGUACUCUUUUUCUUUAUUAUUUUUAUUAUUACUACUAUUAUCAUUAUUUGGGUUCUUUCUUCUGUCCCCGGCGGGAAGAGUUCGGGGAUGCCUGCUGGCAUGUUCAGCAUCGACAAUAUCCUCGCCGCCCGGCCUCGCUGUAAGGACUCUGUGCUGCCUCUGGCCCCUAGCGCCGGGGCCCCGGUGGUCUUCCCGGCCUUGCACGGAGACUCUCUCUACGCCAGCGCUUCAGACUACGGCAGCUUUUAUCCGCGAGCAGUAGCCCCCAGCGGAGCCGGCCUCCAGACUGCAGUCGGUAGCUCGCGUUUGGGCUACAACAGUUACUACUAUGGGCAGCUGCAAGUGCAAGCGACGCCCGUCGGCCCAUCCUGUUGUGGGGCGAUGCAACCUCUGGGGGCCCAGCAGUGCUCCUGUGUUCCAUCCUCAGGUUACGAUGGCUCGGGCUCAGUCUUGAUGUCUCCGGUACCCCACCAGAUGUUGCCCUAUAUGAACGUGGGCACCUUAUCGAGGACAGAGCUGCAACUGCUCAACCAGCUCCAUUGCCGGCGGAAGCGGCGACAUCGAACAAUCUUCACGGAUGAACAGCUGGAAGCACUGGAGAACCUCUUCCAGGAGACCAAGUACCCCGACGUGGGCACCAGGGAACAGCUGGCUCGGAGGGUGCACUUGAGGGAGGAGAAAGUAGAGGUCUGGUUUAAGAAUCGAAGAGCAAAAUGGAGGCGGCAGAAAAGGUCGUCCUCAGAGGAGUCAGAAAAUGCAAGGAAAUGGAGUAAGGCUUCGAAGCCAUCCCCAGAAAAAAGGGAAGAGGAAGGUAAAAGCGAUUUGGACUCUGAUAGCUGAUAGCCCCGGAAUGGAACUUUGGGACUUGCAUACCUUUAGAGACUUGCACAUACAAUGCUACUAUCUUGCACACUUGCUGCCUUUGUGGGGAUGAAGGAAGGGAAAUGAGGAAAACUGUAAACUGGUGUACAUAUUUCCUGGUGUUUCUUGUAUAGAACUGAUUGCAGAGAGGCUCCGCCAGUCUAACAACCCCCUCCCUUCCCCUAUCGCAUUCUGUAGUAUUUAUAGUUAAGUUAAAGGUGAUGAUACAAUAAAUGGAU